GGGCGCACCCAGCGGGCAGCGCGGCGCUCAGCGCUGUCGUGGCGCUCGGCGGGUGAAUGAGCCGGUCGGCCGGGCCGGAGCUAGGCCGCGGCUGCCUCGCCGAGUCCCGCUUCCCUCAGGUUCUGUGGGCGCGGCAGCCGCUCCCGCCUUCCUCCUCCUCCUCCUCCUCCUCCUCCUCUUGCCUCGGCAGCUCCGGGCACAGCGAUGAGGCGCGCGGGGCUGGGUGAUGGAGCAUCUGCUGGUAACUAUGGCUAUACCAAUAGUGGAUACAGUGUUUAUGAAGAAGAAAAUGAAAGGUUAACAGAAAGCCUGCGUACAAAAGUCAGUGCCAUUAAAUCACUUUCCAUUGAAAUUGGGACAGAAGUUAAAAACCAAAAUAAAAUGUUAUCAGAAAUGGAUAAUCAUUUUGACUCUACCGGUGGACUUUUGGGUGCAACUAUGGGCAGACUGAGAACACUCUCCAGAGGAAGCCAGACAAAGCUAUUAUGCUACAUGAUGCUCUUUUCAUUGUUUGUUUUUUUUGUGAUAUACUGGAUUAUUAAACUGAGGUGAUGCAUGUUACCUUUGGUUUAAAUUGUAUAAUUUCAGCUAUAAAGCAGUCUUAAUGAAGACAUUGAUCUAAAGUGGCAUAUUCUGUUGGUAAAACACAGUGAAAUUGUAAAUUGCAUUAACUGCUAAUGCAAUGAAAUCUAUAUAGUUUUCUUAACGUAUCAGUUUUUCCUGUCUUCCCCUGAUUUGGGGGAAUAUUUGUAAAUAUACAGAAACUGCUAGCAUAGGGGUUGCUUUUUUUAGGGGAAAAUAAUUUUUAGAAUUGAUUUUAAAAAAUACAGAAAACAGUUGUUCGGAUAUGAAGUAAUUGCAGAAUUAUAAGGCUUUCUCUUUCAUUCUGCUUUUCAUUCUGGGCCAUGCUCUAAAUUAGAGCUCGUUUCAGGCGUAUAGUAAUUUCUGUGUUGCAAAAGCAUAAAGAAUACUUGAAUAUUUCUAAAUUGGUUUUAUCUGCAGAUUUUUAAAAGGCUGGCCUGAAGCUAACAAAUAUAAUAGUGGUAUCCCCAAAAAUAUUUUUGUGGAUAGGUCUGAUAGUGUAUGAUAGCUUAAACUGUGUGUUUUGGGGACAACUUAAAACUGGAUUUUUUUUUUUUUUUUUUAAUUUGAAUGUGACAAAUCAUGCUUAUGCAUCUACUCUUAAGCAAAUGUCUUUGAUCAUUGGAUCAACCAGUAUGGACACAGUACAAAUAUUUUCUUUAUAUUUAAAGUAUCUGAAAGUUAAUGAUUCCAUUGAAUCACUGGAACUUUUGCCAUUAGUGUGUUUACUUUUCAGUCCGAUGAUUCCUUAAUCUACACUGCAUGAUGUCUGAAAUAUGAGGUCAGGUAUUUUGAAUUUUAUAUUAAAGUAUAUUAUGAUGCACCUGUUGGAGGUGCUGUCAUAUUAAGGUUUUUUAUUUUGAAGAUUUAGCUUUGGCUCACCAAAUAGUUUCUAACAGUUGAAGCUAUUACAUUGCUAAGUUUAACAUUCAAAAAAAUGAGGUUUCCUAGAUACUGAAACUGUAUCUACAAUUUUCUAGAAAUAUUGUAUAAGAUGUUGCCACUAAUAAUUAAUUAGAAACUGAGAAAUAAAGUGUCCUGUAGUAUUCUAGCUAGUGUUGUUUAUAUACAUUCCUUUGUAUUGCAGAAUACCAAUGUAUUUUUUGGAAAUAGUGCUGCAUUUAAGGUGCUAUAAUUGUGGGGGGAGCACUAUUAAAAUAAGAAAUGGAGCUGUAUGCUACAUUUUUCCAUGUUAGAUUUCAUACGUGACAAGUGUGACAUGUACAUCACUUAUCUAAUACAGAACACACAGAAUGUGUAAAAGCAAUUAAAACUCAAAUAUUUCUAGCUGA